AUGAUAUUUUGCUUGCUUGUGCAUGAGUGGAGUUGCAGCACUAUGCAACAUGUCCUAUUAACACACUUGCUCAUGGUGUGGCUGUGCUUGGUUGGCACUGAGUGCAAGUACCAGGUUGCUUUCGGCACCAGGCCCAGCGAUAGAGCGAGUCGUCAGAGGUGUCUGGUUUCCACGAAUGAUGCAUUGCAACACAAUAGAUGUUCGGGCAGCGGUUUUCUCUUUCUUGCGUGCGUGAUUUUUCAGCUUCAAACAACGAUGUGGCUGAGGCCUUGGGGGGUCGCCAAGGGCAAUAUGUACAGCUGGUUUCUGCACAUAUAUAUAUAUUUUUUUUAA